AUACGUGAAGAACCAUGCCUGUGGUUGUGCGGGGAAUGCACUGCACUACUACUCAGCGUGGGUGAUGUCAUGCAAACAUUACUCACUUCCUGCCCAGAAACCUAGGGAAUUCUCCUCAGCUCCAGUAUAAAAGUGGGCGAGUUUGGCUGGCAGAGCAGCAAAGCAUCCAGCAGCAGCAACCAAGCAGCUCAAGAAAGAAAAAGCAACUACGAAACCAGCAGAUUAUAUUCCUUCAACGGAAGAAAGCAGGCAACUGAAAAUGCAGGCAGCACUCACCCUCGUGACUCUCCUCUCACUCUACAAACUGGGAACCAUCCAGGCUGCACCAGUUAGCUCUGGUGCAGUAGACUUGACAGACCCACAAAUUCUGCGAGAGGACAUUGACGACCUUCGAUGGGAAAUGGAAAAUGGCUACCAGCGUUUACUCUGGAGCUCCAGGACCAGGAGCGACAACAUGCAGACUGAGCUCGCAACACUGGACAACACUGUCAGGACACUCCAGGGGAGGAUCAGCGACCUGGAGGACUGGAGAGCCCAGACCGAGACUCUGAUGAAGAACGUGAACCAGGAGCUCAGGGAACAGAUCCUGGAGGCACACGGAAAGAUUUAUACACUCAACAACCACGCCAACCUCCUGGAUGACGUGGUGCUCCAGCACCAUCCAGAGAGCAACAUAGAUCUCGGGUACCCUACUGGCAAGAGAAAUGCACCUCACGACCCAGCAGCUCCUUAACUUCCUGUUCAAGUUGUGGAAACUGUGCACUAGAAAGUCACAUGCAUCACUUUUAUUCUUUUUCUGCUCUAUUUCCUCUAUCUCUUUUGUGUACUGUGUGUCCCAUGUAAAGAUUUUUAUUUUUAUGGCGUGCUUAUAUGGAACACCAAACGUAACAA